AUGGCGGACAUGGUUGACACAAGCAAGCCCGAGAAAGAGGCGGGAAGCCCCAUGGCUGUCCAAGACAAGUCGGAGCCAGAUAUUGUCGUAGUCGACAGUGACAGUGAUGCUGAGGUCGAACCUCAAGGCACAGUUGCCGAAUCUCCUCAAGCCGAAUCUCCUCAGACAGAGAUUCCCAACUCCCAGGCAGAGACAGACGGCAGUGUCAGUGGCAAGGAGAACGAAAACGCCGAAGACAGUACCACCAAAGGCGCCGAGAUGGAACCAAAUCCUUCCGACACCGUGGUAACUCACGACUACCUUGAUGACGACGACAACAAUGAUCUCACACCACCUCCCGAGAGCCCUACCCCGCCCCCGAGUCACUUCGAGGACACAGUCAGCCAUUCCUCUGAGCUGCCUGUUGGCGCUGAGGAUGAGAUAGUGGUCAACAACGCGCGCGCCGUCGAGUCGCCCGCACCAGCUGACCAGGAAGAUGUCGAGAUGGCGGACAGCGAGGAGAAGCCGCGCAGGCUGGUCGUUCUCAGCUCUAAGCGAAAGCGAGCAGGCACCGGCGAGAACAUUCGCGACGACAUCUCCGAAUCCCCGGCGGCCGAGGAGUGGAAGCCACGCAAACCUCGUAAUGGACCGAAGAAGACGCAUGGAGUCGGCAAUGUCAAGAGUGUCAAGCUCGGCUACUGGAGGGAUUCGAUCGCGGAGGACAAGAGGGAUGCUCACUCGGUCAUAGGCUUCAUCGAUGUCAGGGACAGAUUGCGUACCAAGAUCGAAACCGUCAGCAGGGACGGCCGUAGCCUCAUUCAUCGUUAUCCGCUCCCGCCUGGCCCUGGUGGUAGCUGGGUUACUUUCGACAAGAUUGUCUUCGACCCUCACCUGGUCAACCUCGACCACUUCCAAGUCAAAGAGUACGUCAAGGUCCGGUACGAGCAGAUGCAGGCCAACCACCCGGACGUCAAUUCAAAGGAGGCGAUGCUCGAAGCUGUUCAGCAGGCCAUUGCCAGAGUGGUCGCCAACCCACCCCCCGAAACCAACGCCCAGCCCGCUGUCGCGUACGGCCCUGAUAUUCCCGAGCAUGCCAUCACCAAGCCCGAGCCCAAGAGACGCAAGGUCGUUAGUGCUGCACCUGUCGAAGACGUUCUCACCGCCGUCGACAUUAGUGGUCGUCCAUCGAGAGUCGUGGUCGGCACCUGGAAACACUCCAGCGCAGCUAAUCGGAAGGAUCGGCACGCCGUCCAGGGCGUCUUGGCUCAGAACGAGAAUUUCCGCUGCAAGAUCGUCAAUAACAACCCUGACGGUAAGGAGGUCGGUGGAAACUUCCCGCUGGGCGCCGGUCAGAUCUGGUGCCAGUGGGAGGAUGUUGACUUCCUCGAUCACCUGCAGGGUAUGAGCAGGCCCCAGAUCAAGGAGUACGUGCGUGUUCGUCAGCGCAUGAUGGAUCUAGGCGAGCUUCCGGAGGACAGAGACAAGAACGAUCAGCUGGCAGUUGAAGAAGCCCUCAGGCGUCACGCCCAGGGCUUGUCGAAGGAUUUGACCAUUGACCUUGACUCUUCGCCCGCUUUGCCCAUGAGGGGUACCCGCCAGCAGCAGGAGCAGGCCACGAACGGCAACAUGAAUGGUGGCUAUGAAGAGAUGGAGGACAUCGAGAGACCAGCCAGCGUCCCGCCGCCUCAACACCACGAGAACAACUUCCGCCCCAUCCGCCAGAGCACCCGCGCCCCCCGCCACUCCCUCCCGGACGUCCAGCUCCGCGCCGCCAACCGCGGCCCUCAGCAAACCGUCGUCGACCGCCUGGAACGCACUAACAGCAUCGCCCAGCGCGAGAUCGCUCGCGUCGAAGCCAGCCAGAUGCGCGCCGACCAACGCGCCGCCAACCGCGGCUUCCACACCCCGGCCAUUCAGCCGUAUCCCAUGCACCCACCCCCCUCAUCCCAUUCACAUCAUCAACAACAACAGCAACACCUCCCCCCCUACGGUGGCGGUGGCAGACCAUCCUCAGCAUCCGCAGUUCCCUCCCGCAACGGCACCCCCACCUCCUUCCCCCCAGGCCACCAAGGCCUCCAGCAUCCCCAAGGUCCCAACGGCGGUCCCAACGGCAGCUCAGGCCCAUACGGAUCCGACCGCAAAUCUUUGUUUGAUGACAACAUCCAGCGCCUGAACCGUGUUUGGGCCGCGCAGGAGGCCAACAGGAUCAAGUUCAGCGCGGCGGCGGGCGAGACCGUGCCGGGUAUUAAUGACGCCAAGAUUUAUGCGGGAAUCAAGUACGAACGCAAGUCGAGCGGUCCGUUUGAGGGCAAGCUGGUCAGCCAGGGAACGAUUAUCAAUAUUGAUGGGGAGGAUUAUGUGGAGUAUCGGGUUUUGACUAAGCCGAGCUUUUUUUAG